GAUCUGAAGACUCAGGAGCCUGGGAGAAUGUGAAGUGAGAGACUUUGCUUGAUUCACUUCCAUUAGAUGCUGGGUAUUGGGAGUUCUUCCCAGGAUUCUCGGAGAAACUCCUGCUGGUCUUCCAUAUACUUUUUUCCUAGAAAAGAGAACCCAUUUUUCCACGGGCAUAAAAGACCUCCACUGGUAAUGUAAGAUUUGCAACUCUCCCGGCGAUUUUAUGUCUGCAAGAAGAAUUCUAAGCCACUUGCUAUGGUAGUAGUGUCUUCACUGUGUACAUUUGUUCUCUGCCAGGCUUCCUGCUCUGUAGAGCUCCUAUCAGACCCCACUGUGCAGGCAAGGGAGCCAAGUUGCCCUGAAAGAUCAUGAACUUGUCUUCUGAGCACUGCAACAUAUCAGAUUGGCUGAGGCUGGAAGCAACAGUGAAGGCCUCUGUAUACACAGUUGCCUUCUUCUUUGCCACAUCUGUCACUGUCAUCAUCGUCACAAUAGUGUCACACAAUUCGAAGCUGAAGAAAGAGGCCCGAUACAUCCUCCUGUGUCACCAUCUGCUGUGCAUCUCCUCCUACUGUGGCCUGGGGGUGGUAUUCCAAGGGAUGCGGGCUCUGCUAGCCAAUAGUCCAGUGCUGAUGUGCUGGGUGGUAUUUGGGGUCCAGCUAAGUGUUGGAGAAGGGAUCCUCUUCACCCUGGCCUUGAUGGCUGUCAACACUUACCUGGCCAUUUGCUGGCCUUUGAAAUCUCUGGCUUUUGUAGAUUCAGUUAAGUAUAGGGUUCUGGCUGGGUCUUGGACAAUCAUUAUAUUCAAGAAUGUUUGCUUAUUCCUCAUAGAGGGUACUAGCCCCACUCAGGGUGCUGUUUUUAAAUCUGAACCCCUUUGCCCUGUGAUCUUGAAUGGCUCUGCUGCCAGAGCCAUCGGCAUGGUUUUCCUUUUCCUUCUUCUGUCCAUCAUUCUUGUAAGUUACUCUCUGAUCUACCAAGAAGGGAAACGGGCUGGCCAUUUUAAUAGAUCAAAUAUCAAAGCAAGGAAAACGGUCCUUAUUCAUUUAGUGCAGAUGGGUUUACAUGUGAUACCAACCCUGAUAUUCAUAGGUUUGGGAAAGAUGUGUGGAUUGUUUUUCUUUGUUUUAAAUCUGGUGCUUUUUGGAGUCUUUGCAUUUGCCCAAUGUCUUAACCCUCUGAUCUAUGGGCUCUGGAAUAAAGAGCUGCAAAGCAGAUUGUACCAUUGGAUGUGCUGUCAGUUGUGGUGUGGUCACAUAAUGACCAACAGAGAGACAGUUUAACCUGAAAUUCAGCCACACUGAAUCAAUAACUCUAGCCCUAAUGGAUCAUUAGCUAUGCUUGAGGACUUACCUUUACUCAACCAUAUGAGUAAGUCAGAGUUAUUCAUCUGGCUUGCAAAUUUUGCUGCUGUGUACAUGGAAUUGGCCUCUGUGAAAUCACUCUAUGUCUUUAAUUUUAAACCCAGAUCAACAUUUUUGGCAGCAUGUCCUACUGCAUCUCAGUAAGGAGGCAGUUUUUGAGAAUGCACUAAUUUUUAAAAACUGAGAAACCGUCCAUGGUUGAUAGGAAGAGAAGAAGUUUGGCUGUUCCUUUAUUAUUAAUUAGGCAUAGGUUUGGCUACAUGUAAUAACAAAACAGAAACAAAAUAACAAUGACUUUUUUAAGGUUUGAGAUUGUUCAUUUGUUUGUUUCUGAUGUAAAAGGAAUCUGGAGGUAAACAAUCCAGUCCUAUACAGCAGCUUUGUAGGCAACGGGUUCAUUCUCUUCUAUUCUGCCAUGAUUACUAUACUGCCUCACGACCCAAGAUGGCUGUUAAUGCUCCUGUCAUCACAUUCAUACUCCAACCAACAGAAAGGAGGAAGGGGCAAAGGAGGGUUUAUACCCUCCUUCUAAAGACUCUUUUUAGAAAUUACACAAAACACUUUUUCUUAUAUUUAACUGACCAAAACUUAGUCAUAUGGUUAUGUGUGGCUUUAAGGGAGAGUGGGAAUAAAUUUUAGCUGGGUAGUAGUGUCCCUAGCUAAAAAUUGGGGUUCUUGAUACUAAGAAAGGAAGAAAGAACAGUUAUGAGGAGGCAAAGUUAUUUCAGGGACCAUUUUCCUCUCAACCAAAGAAAGUAUAAAGAAAGACAAUGGCUGGGUUAUAAUAAAAAAAUAUAUUCUGCCUCUUUCAAUGUGGUACUUGGAGUUAACUUUUCAAAGUCCCAGAACACUUUAAUUGUAUUUUGUUAACAGUUCUCAAAGAAAAUGGCAUUAAGAAGAACAUUGAAUUGGUUUAAACAUGGGAAUUAACUCAUGAUUUAAAUCUAAGCCAUUUUGAAGCAGUAGUACAAAAUAAAGUCCUUCAUGGGAGUUUAUGUAUGAGAUUUCUUUAGAUGAAACAUCCACUUCUAAGUAAGUCAGGAUUCAGUUCUAGAAACAGGAAUCAUUACUCUAGGUACUUUAGACACAUGGGAUUUAAUAUGGGACUUAGAUACUUACAAAUACACCAGCAGGGCUGGAGGAAUGGAAAUCAGGAGCCACCAUUUGUUGGUGUCAAAAUCCCACAGGGAUCUGGUGGUCUAGCAGCUGUUUCCACCAUUGCUGCCCAUGCCUCAGGCCCCUCUUAAUGUAGUAAAUUUGCAAAAGAAAGAGCAACUGGAAGAUGGCCUCCACUUCCUUUCAUCUUUCAAAUCUCAAGUGAUUGCCUCUAACUGGUGGAACCCAUCUGGCAUUAAGACCCUAUAAGCAAAGAAGUCUGGGAAAUAUAGUUCCUAGUUUCACAGGAACAGAAAGUUAUCCCAAAGUGAGGGUGAAAUGAGGAUUGAAAGAGCCAAUCCAUGGGAUCCACCAUUAUGACAUUUAAUUUUAUUUACAGGUGAUAACAACAACAGAAGCAAAAUAGUUGCUCAACACAUUUACAGCUAUUAUGCUCCUGACACUAUGCAGGCCAUUUUAUAUACAUAAAAUCAAAUCCUCACAACAGGUAUAUAAUAUAGGUAUUAUUAUUCCUGAUUUAGGAAUGAGAAAAACUGAGGCUUAGAAAGGCUGUACAGGAGCUUAGGAGAACAGGAACUUCCCUUUCACAUUUUCCAUUUACAUGACUUGGCCAAAGGUGUUCAUUGAGAGCUAGACCAAAUUUCUUCGGAAAUUUGGUCUUCAGUUUUCCACUUUGCUUUGGGCGUAGACACGUGUCUUGUGGAAAAGAGCCUCUUUUCACCCAUUGCUUUGAUUACACUUUCCCACCCUUAGACCCCCACUUAUUUUCAGAUUCUAGUGCCUUCCAUAUCAUGUCUAGACUCCAUUUUGGCUUCAAGUCCUUCUUGCCUCUUCUCUGGGUGUUCAGUUGGUGUCUUCUCUCUUCCUCCAUCCUCAAAUCUGAGACUUCAAAGCAUGACCUUCUCUUUUGCAAUAUGCAAAUCUCUCCAAGGCCAGAAAGACUGCCAGGGUUGAUUACCUUUGUGUCCUGGCACUUGACACAGUGCCUGUAGAUAGCAGGUGUACGAAUGAUGUAAUGGACUCACUGGUCAGUAAAACAUGCCCUUUUCACAAAUUCCCUCCUCACAAAACCCAAGCUGUCUCUUUGUUUUUAUUGAAAUAUAAAAUAAUUUGAGUGCCAAGAGUAGAAAAAAAACUCAAAAAAUUUACCAAAAUUAACUCAAUUAUAAGCCCUAGGUCUAAAAUACACAAUUUAAUUUAUCCUUAAAGCUUUCCUUUUUUCCCUCUUUUUUGGGGUGAGGUGUUAAAUUUUUUUACUGAAGCAUAAUUAACAUACAAUAUUAUAUUAUUUUUAACUGUACAGUACAGUGACUUGACAAUUUUAUGCAUUACUCAAUGCUCACCAUGAUAAGUAUAGUUA